UUGGAAGCGCUGACCAUUAGCUUUAAAAAUGAAUUCAAUACGUCCGCCACUUUGACCCUUACUUUCAACCGAACGGCCGAUAAUAAGACGGUUUUCGUACAGGACGUGGAGUUGUCUUUCCUCCUAAGCAAAGCGCUGUUCCCACAGUUUAUCGACGAGAAGGCCUACAAUACGACUGUGAAGGCGUCGAACCCGACCUCCGAUCUAUUCAGUGUGGCCUCAGUCCACUCGUACACGUGUUCGGCCGCUCAGUCCGUACAGCUGUCGCACUCGACGAGUGGUAUUAUUGACAUUCAAAUUGAUUUCUUAAAGUCUAAAGUGGAGGCCUAUAUCGAGGACGCGAAGAAAGGCGAAUGGGAUUCGGAAAUUGACUGCAAAUCGUCGGAAAUCAGUGAUGUUGUGCCCAUAGCUGUUGGCGCGGCGUUAGCCGGACUCGUAGUGAUCGUAUUGAUUGCCUAUUUCAUUGGCCGAAGACGUAGCCGUCGUCUCGCAUAUCAGUCUGUUUAGAGCCAAACAAAAUGAUUGAUUGAAUCGUUUUUUAUUGAUAUUUUAAUUGAUUAAUACAUUUUCGAUCUAAUACUUCAUUUUUUGUUCGCGUAAAAAGUGAAGAGUUUUUAAAAUACAAUGUAAUAUAUAUUAUAAAUAAGUUAAUAAUUAUUUUGAAAUUAAUUCUCUACUGAAACCUAAUUAUGAUUUGAAACCUCAAUAGAGU